UAUCUUCGAACGACUUCCACCGUAACUCCGUAAGUAAGACACGACACGAGAGAACUCGCUUUCCUGCUUCUUCUUCUUGUUAUCAUUAAGAAUUGAAGCUUUUAGGCUUCGAAAUAAGAAUUCCGGUCGGAUAUCUAAUCACAUAUACGAAAAAGGUUGCUAAGUCGGGUAUCAAUUUUUGAAUUGCUGUGAAAUUGCUUGUUGAACUUUGGAAUCUGCUUCCUGCUGGUUCGGUUGCAUGGCUACCUUUGAGGACAGGGUUUCAUUUUCGUCGUUUCCAAAGCUAGAAAACGGAAAUAAUAACACGUAUCAAUUUGAUGACGAUUAUAGUGGCUCUGUUUGGACUGAUCCACAAGACAAAAGUAUUGUCCCAUUUGGUUCAAAGUCGAUGAAGAAUGAUUAUGUUUAUCAGUUUCCUGCUGAGUCCGAUGAUUUUAUUGAUGGAGGAUACGAUUCUGGUGAUGAUGUCCGUAGCUCAAUGCAAAAUGGCUUGUAUCCAGAGGUGAACGUGAAGAAUGUGUUGAAUGGGUUAUUUGCAAUUGUAACUGGACGUAAUAAAGGCUCCUCGAGUGUUUCUCUGAAUCAACAAUACCGAAGUUCUAAUGUUUCAUUUUUGGGGUCUGGAAAAAACGAGGAUACAUAUUUGCACUCCUCUGUUUAUAUACCAAGUGCUCCGCCACUUUUGGGGGCAAGUGGGAUAGAUUAUAGUGCAUAUAAAGAGGUUUUGGAAGCUGAGCCACCGGAGUGGAUUCCUGAUAGUGCUACCACAAUUUGCAUGCAGUGCAGUGAUCCCUUCACUGCACUUACACGUGGCAGACAUCAUUGCAGGUUUUGUGGAGGGAUUUUCUGCAGAGCAUGCUCUAAAGGAAGGUGCUUGGUACCUGUUAAAUUUAGGGAAAGAAAUCCCCAGAGGGUGUGUGAUUCUUGCUAUGACAGGCUUGAUCCAUUGCAGGGUGUUCUUAUCAACACCAUUAGCAAUGCUGCUCAAGUAGCUAAACAUGAUGUCAUGGAUUGGACCUGUACUCGUGGUUGGUUGAACUUGCCUGUUGGUUUGACCAUGGAACAUGAGAUCUACAAAGCAUCCAAUACCUUAAGAAGCUAUUGCCAGGUUGCUAGGCUGAAUCCAGAGAGAUCCAUACCAUUGGCAGUUCUGAAAGGAGCCAAAGGCUUAGCCAUUUUAACUGUUGCUAAAGCUGGAGUUCUUGUUGCAUACAAAGUUGGGACUGGUCUUGUUAUUGCUCGAAGGCCAGAUGGAACAUGGUCUGCCCCAUCAGCUUUGUUGUCUGCUGGUUUAGGAUGGGGUGCUCAGAUUGGGGGUGAGCUCAUGGAUUUCAUAAUUGUGCUUCAUGAUUCAAAAGCUGUGAAGACGUUUUGUAGUCGAAUGCAUUUUUCUCUUGGUGCUGGCUGCAGUGCUGCUGCAGGACCUUUGGGGAGAGUGGUGGAAGCCGAUCUUCGAGCAGGGGAUAGUGGAUCCGGCAUGUGUUAUACCUAUAGUUGUAGCAAAGGGGCAUUUGUCGGUGUGUCAUUAGAAGGAAACAUCGUUGCAACAAGAAUGGACGUCAACCUACGGUUCUAUGGUGAUCCGUAUCUCACCACUGCGGACAUAUUACUUGGGACCGUGGACAGACCAAAGGCUGCUGAGCCCUUAUAUGCUGCUCUGCGUAAUCUCUACUCCAGCCUACGGUGUUAGUUCCAACACCAUUUGCCAUUUGGUUCUGCAGCUCGUGAGACGUGCAACAAUUCGAGUGCAUUUCUCGCUAUGGAUGAUCGGACUGUAUAGUUUGUUUACGUACAUGUGGAUGGAGUGUUUAUAUCAUGGACGAGUAACUUUUAUGCUUCC